AUGAUUAAGUUAAGACCUAGAGCACAUCAUUUAAAGACAAGGCAUUUAGAAAACAAAAUUCUACUUCCAAAUUCUUUAGUCAAACCUUGUUUGGAGAUUGCUCAUGCUCCACAUUUUGGUAUCAACAAGACUUAUGAAUUCAUAAAAAAGAAAUAUUUCUGGAAGGGAAUGUUUUUAGACACAAAACACAUUUGUGAAAAUUGUCAACAAUGUUUGGAAAAUAAACGCAUAUCUUCUAGAACAGUCACAAGUAAUAUAAAAAAGUCUGAUUUAGCCCCUGGAGAGAUGUUAGCAAUUGACAUUGUAGGUAAAUUACCCAGGUCACACGAUGGUAAAUUUUUCAUUUUAACAAUUAUUGAUCAUUACUCGAGAUAUUUAGAGGCUAUUCCUUUAACCAAUAUCACUUCUGCAACAAUCAUAAGAUGUAUGAAUCUGUAUUUUUCAAAAUUCGGUAUUCCAAAGAUAAUAUUAUCUGACAACGGGUCAAAUUUUUGUUCGGCUGAAUUUGAGAAUUUUUUAACAGAUUUAAAUAUUGAACACAGAAAAAGUUCCAUUUAUUACCCACAAUCGAAUGGGAUCAUAGAACGAGUUCACAGAACUAUGAAAGAAAGCAUAGCUUCAUUAUCUAAUCAGGUUUUUGAAUGGUCUGAUAGAUUGGCAUUUCUUAAACUGUAUUACAAUAAUUCAAAACCCAUAGUAACUGGUUUCACUCCUGCUCAGUUAUUUUUCGGGCGAGAACUCAAUACACCUUUAGACAUUAAAUAA